AUGGGUCUCCAUCUUCUUCACGAUACACAUGCUCUCGAUUCCUCCGCAGACCCAGGCUCAAUCUCCAAUUUACUGCCUCGUGCAAUUCUUCAACAAUGGAUGCGACAAUCGCAUACCGAAGCGGAUCAGGAUCUCCCGGGUCUGCUCGUAAUGAUCAGCGAGGUGGAGCUCAUAGAGCCGGUAAAUCGAGCGCAGGGGCGUAUCGCGCAUGCGCCAGAUAGGAAUAGCGCGGAGAUUAUGGAUAUCGUCAAAAUGAGAUGUGAUGAUGCCGGUCUCGUUCUUCUUAUCUUCGAUAAGCUCACGGAGAGAAAAUGGACCGGGGAUUGGGAAGGACCAGGACGGAUAGGGGAUGAACAUGCGCAGGAGCGUGAGCAGGGGAUACUUGUUCUGAUGACUGAGGCGGAUGCGACUACCACGUAG